CAAAAAAUGAACAGCAGCCAACUUCACACGGUAAACCGUUUCUUUCCGGUUGAAUUUUUGACAGAUCAACAACUAAAAAAUGGCCAAACGCACCAAGAAGGUUGGAAUCGUAGGUAAAUAUGGUACCCGUUAUGGUGCUUCCCUACGUAAAAUGGUCAAGAAAAUGGAAAUCACCCAGCACAGCAAAUAUACCUGCUCGUUCUGCGGCAAGGAUUCCAUGAAGCGCGCCUGUGUUGGCAUCUGGUCCUGUAAGCGUUGCAAGCGCGUCGUAGCUGGUGGUGCCUGGGUAUACUCUACCACUGCUGCUGCCUCCGUACGUUCUGCUGUACGUCGUCUCCGUGAAACCAAGGAACAAUAAACUGUUUACAUAUUUUUUGUUUAAGCAGUUAAGUUUCUUAGUUUUAACGACGUUUUAAUAACAAUAUAUUAAAAAUUAGUUUUUGUCUAAUUUUUAUGUGCUGUUUUGCCAAGAUCUGUGUUGUUUGGCCUUUGUAUUUACAGUGGUAACUACUGUAAAUAUUGGUCUAAUAGAAUGUGUGAAGUUUAAUAAAAAAUAGCCAUUUUUUUACUUAAAAAAACGGAUGAAAACAAACAAAA